AUGUUCACAAUGGAAGCUAACACAACUGGAGGUGGAGCACUGAAGAAGAUAAAGAAUGGUGAAAUUGAAGAAGGGAAAAGGGUUGUUUUUGCAGUGAAACAAGAGAUAGAAAGAAACCCUUUGAUCACAGAAGCUCAAAGGCGUGAACUUGACCAUCAAGUUUUCAUUUUUAAUCACUUUGCUUAUAACCUUCCUCUUCCUCAUUACCUUUUGCAGUUUCCAACUCUUGUGUCAGAAUACGGUCGUCGAGGUUCUGAUUACAGGACUAUGUUGGAUUCAGAACCACAUAGGUGUAGAAGAACCGACGGAAAAAAAUGGAGGUGUGGUAAGGACACAAUACCUAAUCAGAAGUAUUGCGAACGCCACAUACAUAGAGGUCGAAAUCGUUCAAGAAAGCUUGUGGAAACAUCUCAACUUAACUCUCCUAAUUUGAAAACAAAGCCUAGUAAUGUUAGCUCACUUGCAAAACAAGUCUCGAAAAUUGAGCCUGCAGUUUCAAAUCCAAACCCUUUGGUCAUUCAACACAGCCAUGCAUUCUCAUACACCCCAUCGAGGAGAUUAUGUGUUGUAAAUAAUCUGUCCAGUUGUAAUCGACCGAGAAAUGCCAUAAGUUCUGAUGCCACAUUGGUGACUGUGGUGAGCGCUUCCUCGAUCCUUCCCCCUGCAGUUAGACCUAAGGUGACCACUGCCUCGAUCCUUCCCCCUGCAGUUAGACCUAAGGUGACCACUGCCUCGAUCCUUGCCCCUGCAGUUCGACCUAAGGUGACCACUUCCUCGAUCCUUACCCCUGCAGUCCGACCUAAUGUGACCACUGCCUCGGUCCUUGCCCCUGCAGUUGGACCCAAGGUGACCACUUUCGGAGGCAUGUCAUCCCUUAAUUCGGAUAACAGAAAUCGUCUAAACGUAUGCAAGCAAGGCUUCUCUCCAAAGAGUGUCCUUCAAGUUUCUGGUUGCAAUGGUUCAUACCUCAACGAUAGGAACAGUAUAGUAGAACCUGAACCCGGUAGAUGCCGAAGAACAGACGGUAAGAGAUGGCGAUGCAAGAGCGCAGUUCUUCCAGGUCAGAAAUAUUGUGCAACACAUAUGCACAGAGGUGCUAAAAGACGUGCAAACACCGAAUCUUCUCCUUCCGCCAUUGCUACUACAACUGCAGUUAGUUCAGAUGUUACCAUUGCUCGGCUGCCUUACGCUGCAGCAGCAACCGACAUUCAGAAAGCUGACUGUCGAAUUCCAAACACACAGCUUUCAAUGCCAGUUCCAGAAAGUGCAGCACAAUCCUUAGAAUGUAAGAAGAAAAGUGGCGGCGGAAGCAGUGACACUGAUACUAGUACUACCAUCACUGACGCCAUCGACGAGUGUAGCUAUCUUUCUUUCUGA